AUGGGCGGAAUGCUUGAGUAUGAGUUGGCAAAAUAUCGUUGGUGUAUUCUCAAAUCAACAAUCAGUUGUUUUUCAGCACGUCGAUGCGUAUAUAAAGCGAUGGAUUCUUUCUAUUUUUCAUUCACUUCAUCAUCAUCUACUUCAUCGAUAGAUAACAGCAAUCCGACAGUUAUGAAACCUGUUUUCGUCUCAUUCGCCUUCCUGGUUUUAUGUGUUGCAUUAAACUCAGCAGCACUCGUAAAACGAUUUGCAUCCAUUGAUGAUAACAACGACGAACUUGCUUUGGCAACUCGAAAUAACUUUGGUGAAACAUGUACUCGUGUCGCAGUAUGUAGCAACUAUUUGGUUGGUACUUGCAGAAAAAUCGAUCAAAGCUUGGAAGUUUCAGCUCUCGACUUGACUCGAGUAAUGGCAAACAUUAAUGGUCAACUCAAACUCCGACGACGAACAUUAUCUGAUAACGAAGCAGAAGAAGUAAGAAAUGAAAUGCAGCGACGUGGCUCGGAUUAUCAACUCACAUGCAAAAGCUAUUCAUUCUCAGGCACAGUUUUGCGUGCAUCAUGUCAAAAGAUGAACGGUCAAUGGGCUACAACAAGCGUCGACUUGAAUUCUAAGAUUAGCAACAUUGAUGGUCAAUUGACUUAUGAUGGUUAA